AUGGUGGAGAUACCCAAAGCUGCUAUGGCAAAGAAGUUAGCAACCCUUAAACCUCCAAUCUUUGUAGGAAAGGAAGACCCCUUACUCUUAGAGAACUGGCUAAGAGACUUUGAUAAGUUAUUCACUGCUACUGGGACACCUGAAGCUCAAAAAGUAGACCAAGCUACCUUUUAUUUGAGGGAGGAUGCAGACACUUGGUGGGAGAGUCAAGGACCUAUUGUUAGAGCUCAGGAAAACUUUAAUUGGAAUGCUUUUAAGGUUGCUAUUAAGGAUAGAUUUUUCCCUGAACAUAUUAGGAGGCAGAAAUACAAUGAGUUCACUAGAUUUAACCAGGGAGAUGAGAGAGCCAAGGCUCAAAAGUUUGAGGAUGGGUUAGCAUUUAGAAUUCAGACCAGACUUGGGGGAGCCACUUCUCAAACUUUUCAGGAGGCUUAUGCUAAGGCUUCUAAUAUUGAGAGGAUUUUGAGGCGUGAAGAGGAAGUUAUGGGGAGGAAUAAGAGAAAAGAUCCACCUAACAAUCAAAAUGACCAUGAGAAUGACAAGAAACCUCGAUAUGGGGGUAACAAUAAUAAUGAGGGCAAUGAUCAUAAUAAUGGUGAUGGGGGGAACAAUACUCAGCAUAAUGGUCAGAAUAAUAAUCGAGCAAAUGGAGGGAAUAACAAUCAGAACGGCAAUGGAAAUGGUGCUCGAGGCAACAAUGGAAGAAUCUAUGUUAUGAACCAGAAUGAAGCAGACACCAACGACAAUGUUGUGAUGGGUACUUUCCUCGUAAACUCUAACCCUGCUUACAUGCUUUUUGAUUCUAGGGCGUCUCGUUCUUUCAUAGCUAGUUUAUCCGUUGAAAAGUUAGGAAAAGGAAGUUAG